AUGGCAACCAAACUAGAAACCCCCAAAACAGACAUAGAAUGGGCCGCAUUCAUCUCCACCAUUAAAGAUGAUCUCCCCGAAACCCACACAGUCUACCACACCCCUCUGCCCCAUGCAGUCGCCCACACAAUCGACCACACCCAACUGUCCCCCUCCGCCACAACCAGCGAUAUUGACACUCUAUGCGCUGAAGCCCGCGAGUACAAAUUUGCCACAGUUUGCGUGCGACUACCACACGUGCCCCGUGCAGUCCACAAUCUAGCAGACAUCAAGAACGAGGUCGGCAUAGCAUGCGUCGUGGGUUUCCAUGAGGGGACAUACCCCACGGCCGAAAAAGCAGCAGAAGCCACCAAGGCAGUGGCCGAGGGCGCCACAGAAUUAGAUAUGGUCCUCAAUUGGCCUCUAUUGAAACAAGGGAAAUAUACAGAUGUAUACAACGACAUCCUCGCCGUGCGUCGCGCCGCACCGGCACCAAAGACGAAACUAAAAGUCAUCCUCGAGACAUCUCAACUGACUCGAGAUGAAAUCAUAGCCGGUAGCGCGAUCAGUGACAUGGCAGGCGCGGAUUACGUCAAGACAUCUACGGGGUUUAAUGGUGCGGGGGCGAGUAUUGAGAAUGUAAGGCUUAUGAGAGAAGUUGUGGAUCUGUUGGCCAAUGGAUGUAAAGUCAAGGCUUCAGGGGGUGUGAGGGCAGCGGAAGAUGCGGUUGAAAUCCUCAAAGCUGGUGCUGAUAGGAUUGGGGCUAGUGCUGGGGUGAAGAUUGUGAAGGAACUGACGGGGAAUGCGUUGCGGCCGAAUGUGUCGACGCCUAUUGCGGGGGAUUAUUGA